UAAAUUCGGUGUGCGAUCGUCGUGUUGCCUAAUAGACAAUAGACAAGUGAAUACAAUAUGACGACGAUAAAUGUCGAUAAGACGUGCUGUGUGUUAUCAACUUCUCCACAAGAUCGUGAGGAAACGUCUCUUUUGACCGACUGCGAUAUUAAUAAAAUAUUGGAAUGCAAAUUCGGUAAAGGUAACUCUCGACUUGUUGACUGGAAAUUGGAGUCUCUGGAGGGAGCGAAAGGUUUCCUGGGCCAAUAUUAUCAUCUUUACAUUAAAGCGCAAAUCGACGGUAAGACGCAAAGUUUGCAGUUCUUCGCUAAAACUCCACCGCCGUCUCACAGCCCGCAGUUCAAAUUUCUGCAACGGUACGACACGUUCAACAAAGAGAUUAUGGUUUAUACGGAUUUGAUGCGGCGAAUGGGUGCGGGUGGAUUGCUAAAGUGGAAGGUAGAGUGUUACCUUUGCAAACGAAACGUCAUUAUCGUUCUAGAGGAUGCGUCGAUAGACGGUUAUGCUACGUUGGACAAAUACAUACCGUACGACGAAGAGCACUGCGUUUGGGCACUGAGAGCUCUUUCAAGGCUCCACUCGAGAUCUCUGUUACUGGAUGAAAGACUUCGUCGGGAGAACGGUCGGACCAUCUUCGAUCUUUACGGACAACGACUGAACGAGGUACUCUUUGUCGAGGGGGACGACAGAUCGGAAAAGGUCCUCACCUCCAGUAUUAUAGGCUUCUGUGCUGCGGUCGAUUUCAUCGACGAACUUGAUGAUAAAAGAAAAAUCGUUGUUAAACGACGAAUUACUGAAUGGUCUCGAAAAAUAUUUCAAUUAUUGGCACCAUCGAAGAAAUAUAGAAAUGUCAUCUGUCAUCGCGACGUUUGGGCAAAUAAUAUUAUGUUCCGACACGACCUAGAAGGCAAUGUAAACGGCAGUUACUUAAUAGAUUGGCAGUUUCUCUCUUUUUGUCCUCCGGCUGUAGAUUUUGCGUGUUGCCUGUAUCUAACCACUGAUCGAAAUACUAGAGAUCGUCAUUUCGAUUCCUUCGCUAGAAUUUAUCACGAUUCGUUCGCUCAAGGUUUAGCAGAAGAGGGUCUCGAUGUAGAGAAUUAUUUAUCCUGGACGACAUUUCGAAAGAGUUACGCAGAAGCAAGGAACAUAGCGAUUGUUUAUGCUGCUCUCAAUCAGCAAAUAAUGCUGCUGUCCGAUGAGACAGCCAAGGACUAUUUUUGUGACUCGAUCGAACAACUUGAGCAAGUUUUGUACGGGAAGGAACGUGCAGAAAUUGUGCGCUAUCAAUGUGAAAAGGAGCCAGUAUAUAAGGCGCGUCACGUUGAACUUUUACAUGAAGUCAACGAACGUUUACCUGAACAUCCGCCGAAUCUGUAAUUUUUCUAGAUUGUGUGAUGCGAUAUAUUCAGACGCUGCUUUACGAUAAAAAAUAAAAUUGAUUGUGAUAAAAGAUUGGAAUCGUGCCAGGUACGAACCUAUCGUCGAUACCUUAUUUCCAAUUUUUAAUCGCUCACAUUUUAUUGCCCAAGUUUUGAAAAUCGUGUCGUUAUAUCAUUCAAAAGAAAUAUGCCCGUUUAAGUAGAACUAAAAGAAUUUCCCAAUUCAUAUGUUAAUAAUGUAAUAUAAAUCGUUUAUUAAUAUUAAUUAUUUGGAAAAGUUGUUUAUUGUUCAUUUUCAUAUUAUGCAUAAUAUAAAAAAACGUUUAUAUAAUUUUCUUUUAUGAUUAAAAUGUAUUCUUCCAUGAAAAAUAUCUGAAGUGAAGCAAUGUACACACGUAAAAAAUGUAAAACACCUUGGGUCUCGAGAUAGUUUGACAGUAAAACAUAUAUUGGAUAGGCAAAGAAAUAUUGGAAUCUCUGCUUUCAGUUGUAAUUGAUGAUAGAGAAAUGUUUCCAAUGCAAAUGAACGUAUAAAAGCUUUUUUCAUGAGUAUUUCAUUUUUCAAACGCCAUCAUUACGUCUCGUUUCUCCAUCUUGAGAGUCUCCUUCAACUGCAUAUUCAUUAGCACAUGAGUAAAAUAUGUAAAAUAAGUAAAGUUCUAUAUUAUAUCAUUGUUUAAAUAUUGUAUAAUUUUGUAAUUUUUACCUUUAUAACCGAUUAUUGCAUAUUUAGUUCAUUAAAGAGAAUAAUUAUCUUCUUUUAAUCAACUUAUAUUGUAUUUAUUCAAUUAUAUUAAUCUUUACUCAACAUACAGUCAUUAGAAAAACUAAUUCUGUGGUUAAAAGCGUUGUGUGAUGUAGCACUUUGUAAACUUAAACGAGACCAUCAUUCCGUGUUACGUCAGACUAACUUUGUCAUGAAAAGAAAAAGGGAUUACGCUGCGUAAUAAACUUUAGACAAGUCGGUUAGAAAAGAAAGCGUGAGGAAAGAAAAAUCUAGUACUUAAGAUGAAUUCAUGUUAUUGGCAUUAUAUAUUUACAUUAUAUACAUUUGUACAUAAUAGAGUGAGAGAGAGAGAGAGAGAGAUUUUUAAUUAACUUGUUAAUUUAUUGUAAAUUUAUGCACCUUAUACGUAAAGUUAUAAUUAUCUAAAGAACGAAACAGCAGUUGAGUCAUUCUCAUCUCAUUUAAAUUCAAAUAACUGAAAGAAAAUGCGAUUUUACAUUUUAUACGCGUAUUAAAAGUUGCAUGAAAUCCUACUAAAUAUUUUUUAAAAAUUUUAUAAGACGUUUAUAAUAAAGACCGUAUACGUCGAAGAUUAAAUACGUUUAAUGAAAGAUACGACUUUUGAAUAAUGUAUAAUAAUUAAAUAAAAUAUUUAAUACAUUUUUUUGUACAACUUUUUUUUAAUGGCAAAGUUGUCGUUUACGCGACCAUUGAUACUUGCGAGGUAUCUUAGCGAUAAAAUGAUGAAGAACGGCCAGACUUAAUGACCCGCGACGUUAUAUCGAAUUAAAGCGGAAGUUCCUUUUAUUGCCAGCUAUUUAAAGCGCACGUAAUCACCCUUGCGACGUUACUAAUGAUAUACUUGCCAACGUAAACUAUCCCGACCGUCUACGGUUUAGAUAUUUAGAGACUGCAAAUAGUUAUUGCGUUGACUAUAGCUUAAUUGACUAUAUAACCGCGAUAUAACUUGCUGAAUACAGAUUAAACUUGAUCUAUCUCGCUGAUUUUCACUCGACGGCAGGUAUGAAGCGCCGCUAUCUAGAAUAGUGUUAUGAUUUCAUUAUACACAGCAAUGUGCAUCUCUCUCUCUCUCUCUCUCUUUAACGUUGGAAUAAAGAAUUCAAUCUUUUAUAAUAGAAUUUGCGGGAGUGUAUCAACUACCGCAUCGUUAUGUGAAUUUUACUGUGAAUUUUUAUCAAAUCUUUUAUCGAUAUCCAUUUAAAUUUCAAAUACAAUGUCUUUUGUAAUAUUUUUAUUAAUCUAAGCAGAUAAAUCUCUGGUUGUCGUAAAUGUAAGUGAAACUUAUCCCAACAACUGCUAAAUAUUCGUUACAUCGAUUCAAAUGACUGCUCAAAAGACAAAUGGAGUAAACACCUUCAGUCGACAAUCGCAUAAUUCGUUUUGUCUAUUCGAAUAAAAGACAAUCGUAUAAGCAAAACUUUCGAUCGUUCAUGAUAUAUACAUUGAUCUCUUGAAAUACUAGGGUAGCGGGAGCACUGUUUAUGCGAAAUCCUGUGGCUCGUGGUGGUGAGAACGAAGAGCGCAGGCGUCCGGAGUCCUGUGGCGGCAAGCGAACUCCGAUUUUCUCUAGUGUCGCGUCAACUGCCGCUGGAGAGUCGUGUGCUUCGCACCCUGCCGGCUGUGCAUAACAACCCCUUCUUUGCGUGGCUUCACCACGUUCGCUACUUUUCGUUAAAAGUUAAGAGUGGAAUUAAAAACUUACUUCCGAGGUCCGAAUUUGCGUUGCGCGAGCAAUCGCGCGUACAGCUGAGUUUUAAAUACCUUCUUUCUUAACAUUGUGUAACUUGGUGUAAUGAAACUCCUCUCGCGCCUUUCUGUUCCCGUAUGCUAGAAUGAAUAUGCGUCGUGACACACGCAAUUAAUUCAAGAUUUAUAAAGGAUUAAUCAAUACAAAGGAUGACAAUCUCUUCGUGAUCGGAGUUCCAAUCUCAUGAUCAGACUUGAAAUUUCAAUUUACAAAUAAGGGGCCGUGAAUGAGAGUGCGCGAUUGGAAAGGCGGGCAUUGUGCGUGCGUUUUGUAGGAACGCAAUUGUCCAAU